GCGAAAUGGAAACAGAAACUCAGCGCUAAAUUGUAAAAGGCGCUCUGCCUUCGGUAUCAUUUUCAGAGAAAUCCCGUUGUGUGGAUACGUUUUGUGUUGCUUUUGUUGGGCGGGACAUGGCUGCUGCACCGCGACACAGCGAGCUACUUGUAAUAUUUACAUCCGUUGAUGCCAGAUAAAGCCAGCCACAGAUUUGACUAUGUCCGUGGUGCUGGUAAACACGCAGGGCUGUGUUUUGGAUGCACGCUCCCUCAUUGAUAAGGGAUAUUUGCAAUGUAUCCAAGUAAGAGAAAAUAAUCAGAAGUCACAUGUGAAUUGCCGUUUCAAAGGGCAGUGUUUUCAGAUCUUAAAAAGCCAUUUGGAUGCGAUUGCUAGUGUUGCUGCUGAUGGAGGAAACAUUGAAACGUUGCAGAAAACAGACAAACCAACGAAGAAGAGGAAAAGAAAACACAGUGAACUCAACCAGGGGGAAAUUGAUUCACAGGCUUUCCAUAAGAAGAUCAGGUCUGUCGUCCUGGAGGGAACCAAGUCCUUGGUGGAUUCUGCCCGAUCCCUGGGAUAUCUUAAUGGCACUUCAACAACAGACACGGUGAAGGAGCCUCUUCCCUCUCAGGAGUGCAGCCUUGCCGCUCUCUGUGAAAUGGCCAAAGAGCUUCCUCUAGUGGACGAUGAGCAGCAGGAGGAGUGUGCUCAGCCACUUGUUGCUGCAGAUGGCAGUACGUCACAUGUAGACUUGUUCUCUCGGGUCACAGAGAACAGGGCAGACUGGGCAACAGUGGUCACACUGAUGGGAGAGGAGUAUGUAAUACCACCACACACAGCCUUCCUGCUUUCUGAUUUCACAAAAAUACAACCCCUUGUCCACUAUGGAAGAAGGUUUGACUUAAUAGUGAUGGAUCCACCGUGGGAAAACAAGUCUGUGAAAAGAAGUCGCAGAUACAGUUGUUUGCCCUCAUCCCAGCUAAAACGGUUGCCUAUACCCUUACUGGCCUCCCCAAACGGUUUAGUGGUCACCUGGGUCACAAACAGGCCCAGCCACCUGCGGUUUGUCCGUGAUGAGCUGUAUCCACACUGGGGGGUAGAAGUUGUGGCUGAAUGGCUCUGGAUCAAGGUGACCACAUCUGGAGAGUUUGUGUUUCCACUGGAUUCUCAUCAUAAGAAGCCAUAUGAAGUGCUGGUGCUGGGACGAUUUCGUCCCUCUUCAGAUAACGAAACAAGCUCAGAGGUUCCUGUGGAGGAUCAGCGUUUGAUUGUCAGCGUCCCAUCAGCUCUCCACUCCCAGAAGCCCUCACUCUCAGAGGUGUUGAAGCCCUACCUUGGAGCUGAAGCCAAGUGCUUGGAGUUGUUUGCCAGAAGUCUUCUACCUGGAUGGACCAGCUGGGGUAACGAAGUGCUCAAAUUUCAACACACAAGCUAUUUCACUCUGACGCCGACAGAUGACGGCGCAGGCGUCCUUGAAGAUGAAGCAGCAGAAGACUGUACGGACAAUCCUACAGUCACACAACGGUUAAGCUCAUCUGCAGAAUCUAUGGACAAAUGACCGACCCUCAGCACGUGUACCAUCAGUAUUUUAGUGUGUUUUUAAAUAAAGAUUCAAUGCCAAAAUA